ACGCCGACGCCCCCGGGGCGCACUCGGGCGCGGGAGCCGCGCGGGCUGACGGACGGAGCGCGCGGGGCCGAGCGGGGCCAUGGCCGCGGGGGCCGCCGCCGCCGCAGGUGGUGGCGCGCGGUGAGGCGAGCGCGGCGGCCGCUCCGGGGCGGAUGGAACGCGGCGCGGCGGGCGGGCGGUGCCGGCGUCCGCGGCUGGAAUGGUGCUGGCGGCGGCGGUCGGUGCCUGCGUUCUGAAGCCCGAGAGGAGCCACAAUGGAGACGCCGCCGCUGCCUCCCGCAUGCACAAAGCAGGGUCAUCCGAAGCCUCUCGAUUCAAAAGAUGAUAAUACUGAAAAACAUUGCCCACUGACAGUGAAUCCUUGGCACAUGAAGAAAGCUUUUAAAGUCAUGAACGAACUAAGAAGUCAAAAUUUGCUGUGUGAUGUCACGAUUGUUGCAGAAGACAUGGAAAUCUCUGCUCACCGAGUGGUGCUGGCUGCCUGUAGUCCUUAUUUUCACGCCAUGUUUACAGGUGAGAUGAGUGAGAGCCGAGCAAAGCGAGUUCGAAUAAAGGAGGUAGAUGGAUGGACUCUGAGGAUGCUAAUUGAUUAUGUUUACACUGCUGAAAUUCAGGUUACAGAAGAAAAUGUACAGGUACUUCUCCCAGCAGCUGGUCUGUUACAGUUACAGGAUGUGAAGAAGACUUGCUGUGAGUUUCUAGAAUCCCAGCUUCACCCUGUCAACUGCUUAGGAAUCCGGGCAUUCGCUGACAUGCAUGCAUGCACAGACCUUCUGAACAAAGCCAACACCUAUGCAGAGCAACACUUUGCAGAUGUUGUAGUUAGUGAAGAAUUUCUCAACCUUGGCAUCGAGCAAGUAUGCAGCUUAAUCUCUAGCGAUAAACUUACCAUUUCCUCAGAAGAGAAGGUGUUUGAAGCUGUCAUAGCUUGGGUGAACCAUGACAAGGAUGUCAGGCAGGAGUUUAUGGCUCGGCUGAUGGAACACGUGCGGUUACCUUUGCUUCCUCGGGAAUAUUUAGUUCAGAGGGUUGAAGAGGAAACAUUGGUCAAGAAUAGCAGUGCUUGUAAAGAUUACCUCAUUGAAGCUAUGAAGUAUCAUUUGCUACCCACAGAACAGCGGAUAUUAAUGAAAAGCGUCCGAACUCGACUAAGGACACCCAUGAAUCUUCCCAAAUUGAUGGUGGUGGUUGGGGGCCAAGCACCUAAGGCUAUCCGAAGCGUGGAAUGCUAUGACUUCAAAGAAGAACGAUGGCAUCAGGUGGCAGAACUGCCUUCCAGGAGGUGCAGGGCAGGGAUGGUGUAUAUGGCAGGACUGGUUUUUGCUGUUGGUGGCUUUAACGGCUCAUUAAGAGUUCGCACUGUGGAUUCCUAUGACCCCGUGAAAGAUCAGUGGACCAGCGUGGCUAACAUGCGAGACCGGAGAAGCACUUUGGGAGCUGCUGUGCUAAACGGACUGUUAUAUGCAGUGGGGGGCUUUGAUGGGAGCACAGGCUUAUCAUCUGUGGAAGCAUAUAACAUAAAAUCUAACGAGUGGUUUCAUGUGGCUCCAAUGAACACCAGGAGAAGCAGUGUGGGCGUGGGUGUUGUUGGAGGUUUGCUCUAUGCUGUGGGGGGUUAUGAUGGAGCUUCUCGUCAGUGUCUUAGCACAGUAGAAUGCUAUAAUGCUACAGCGAAUGAAUGGACCUACAUAGCAGAAAUGGGCACCAGGCGCAGUGGAGCAGGUGUCGGUGUGUUAAACAACUUAUUAUAUGCUGUAGGAGGUCAUGAUGGCCCUUUAGUACGAAAAAGUGUUGAAGUAUAUGAUCCUGCCACAAAUACAUGGAGACAGGUUGCAGAUAUGAACAUGUGCAGAAGAAAUGCAGGCGUUUGUGCCGUUAAUGGUCUGUUAUAUGUUGUUGGAGGGGACGACGGCUCCUGUAACCUGGCGUCAGUAGAAUAUUACAACCCGACCACCGAUAAGUGGACGGUUGUGUCCUCCUGUAUGAGCACUGGGAGAAGUUACGCAGGGGUCACAGUUAUUGAUAAACCAUUAUGAGCCUGAAGGACAUUUUUGGCACAUUCAUCCAUGAGAAACAGGCUUCAGGUAUUUCUGAAGUGACUGAGAAUCUAACACGUCUCCACUUGUUGCUGCACUUUGAGUCUCAGCGGAAGAUAAGGUCGUCUGCCUUUAGAGGCCUUGAUCCUGAAGAUUAAUUUCGGCAGAAGCACCGUGUAGGCUUUUUCUGCAAAGAGCAGCAGCUGACUGGGUUUGAAUAAGAAAUCUGGGCUGCAGUACUGACUCUUAGUCUUUAGCCAACAGUCGCUUUCAUAAAGACCAUUCCUUAUCAGCUCUGAACGACUGUGGGUUAUUUUGUGAAGGAGAAUCAAGUUAAUGUGUGUUCUUGUAAAAUUCAGUUUUAUCUCUAUUCCUUCUCCUGCAAAUCUGCAUACCCAGGAACUGAAUAUCAUCGAGCAGAUACUAAAUAUCUUCGUAAGUAUAUGAAAUAGUGGAGGGAUAAAACUGUUUGCUUUUAUAAAUAUCUUUGAUUACAUGAAUAUAAUAAAUUGUGUGCAUAUAAAUGUGUGUCUAUAUGCUUUCCUUUAAAUAUGUUGGAAACAUGUUUGAAACUUGAUUAUACUAUUUAUAAUCGGCACAGUACUUUGAAUUAUGCCAGUACCACAUUGUAAAACAGAGUUGUAUUUUUUGAUAUUUAACAAUGCUUAACACUUUAAACAUGCCACUUCUGAGGAAUGAAUCUGGUGUAACACACUUGAAUGUGUGAUGCCAAACUUUUUAAAAUAAAAUAUAAAUUAUGCUUA